AUGGCUGCUGAAAAAAUCUUAACCCCAGAAUCUCAAUUGAAGAAGUCCAAGGCUCAACAAAAGACUGCUGAGCAAGUCGCUGCUGAAAGAGCUGCUCGUAAGACCGCUAACAAGGAAAAGAGAGCUAUCAUUUUGGAAAGAAACGCCGCUUACCAAAAGGAAUACGAAACUGCCGAAAGAGACAUCAUUCAAGCCAAGCGUGAUGCCAAGGCUGCUGGUUCCUACUACAUCGAAGCUCAGCACAAGUUGGUCUUCGUUGUCAGAAUCAAGGGUAUCAACAAGAUCCCACCUAAGCCAAGAAAGGUUCUACAGUUGCUAAGAUUGACCAGAAUCAACUCCGGUACCUUUGUCAAGGUCACCAAGGCCACUUUGGAACUGUUGAAGUUGAUUGAACCAUACGUUGCUUACGGUUACCCAUCUUACUCUACCAUCAGACAAUUAGUCUACAAGAGAGGUUUCGGUAAGAUCAACAAGCAAAGAGUUCCAUUGUCCGACAAUGCUAUUAUCGAAGCUAACUUGGGCCAGUACGGUGUCUUGUCCAUUGACGAUUUGAUUCACGAAAUCAUCACUGUCGGUCCACACUUCAAGCAAGUCAACAACUUCUUAUGGCCAUUCAAGUUGUCCAACCCAUCUGGUGGUUGGGGUGUCCCAAGAAAAUUCAAGCACUUUAUCCAAGGUGGUUCUUUCGGUAACCGUGAAGAAUUUAUCAACAAGUUGAUCAAGUCCAUGAACUAA